CGGUUGAGCCAUAGAAUCACAAAAUUACAGAUUUCCUAAAACACGAACAAAAUCAAGCUCUCUUUUCUUCUUAUUCUCAUUGAAGAUCACAGAAAAAAUCUUUUCCAUUUUCAUUCAUUCCCUGUAUAUUAAUUCAAACCUACCUUGUUUUCCUAUAUAUACAAAACCCUUUAGUCCCUUCGCCUCUCACCUCAAAACCCUUGUGUAAAAUUCAUAGUCAUUAGCCAUUAACCACUUUCUUUGAUACUCUUUCACUCUUUUUUCAUAACCCUUUCAAUUUCUUCUUCGUUCAUCAAUGGCUCCAAGUUUUAGAAAAGGUGCCUCAGAUGUCACUGCCCAACUCGUUGAUGCCUAUAACCAAUCUCCAAUCACAUUGGAAGGUUCAAACUUCUUAGCCAAUGGCCAUGUCAUUCUCUCCCAAGUCCCUGAUAACAUCACAGCCACUCCUUCACCAUACACCAACAUUGACAAAUCCAUCACCACCGUUGGUUCCUUUGUGGGCUUCAAUGCCAAGGAGUCCACUGACCGACAUGUCGUUUCCAUUGGGAAACUCAAAGACAUAAGGUUCAUGAGCAUAUUCAGGUUCAAGGUCUGGUGGACCACACACUGGGUUGGCUCCAAUGGCAGAGACAUAGAGAACGAGACCCAGAUGGUGAUUCUUGAAAAUUCUGAACUGGGUCGUCCUUAUGUUCUUCUUCUUCCUAUUUUGGAAGGUCCUUUUAGAGCCUCAAUUCAACCUGGUCACGAUGAUAGCGUUGAUCUUUGCCUUGAGAGUGGCUCAUCUAAGGCCAUUGGUGACACAUUCACAAGUGUCAUGUACAUGCAUGCUGGCGAGGACCCUUUUACUUUGGUCAAAGAGGCAAUGAAAGUUGUGAGGGUUCACUUGGGUACUUUCAAGCUUUUGGAAGAGAAAAACCCACCUGGUAUCGUGGACAAAUUUGGUUGGUGCACUUGGGAUGCAUUCUAUCUUUCUGUGCACCCUCAAGGUGUUAUAGAAGGUGUGAAAGGUCUUGUUGAUGGUGGGUGCCCACCUGGGCUUGUGUUACUUGAUGAUGGGUGGCAAUCAAUUGGUCAUGAUUCUGACCCAAUCACACAAGAGGGUAUCAAUCAAACCAUUGCUGGUGAGCAAAUGCCUUGUAGGCUCUUGAAAUUUCAAGAGAAUUACAAGUUUAGAGACUAUGUUAGUCCCAAAAAGUGUAACACAAUUGGUGGGCCUAGCAAGGGUAUGGGGGCCUUUGUUAGGGACCUGAAGGAGGAGUUCAAAAGUGUGGACUACGUGUAUGUUUGGCAUGCUUUAUGUGGAUAUUGGGGUGGGAUUAGGCCCAAUGUGCCUGGAUUGCCUGAAGCUGUGGUUGUGGAGCCCAAACUUUCACCGGGGUUGAAGCUGACCAUGGAGGAUCUUGCAGUAGAUAAGAUUGUUGACACUGGUGUGGGAUUGGUCCCGCCGAAGAUUGUUGAUCAGAUGUAUGAGGGGCUUCACUCACACUUGGAGGCUGUUGGGAUUGAUGGGGUCAAGGUUGAUGUUAUCCAUUUGCUGGAGAUGUUGUGUGAGAAUUAUGGUGGCAGAGUUGAGCUAGCAAAAGCAUAUUUCAAAGCUCUCACUUCCUCUGUGAGGAAGCACUUCAAUGGCAAUGGUGUCAUAGCUAGCAUGGAGCACUGCAACGAUUUCAUGUUCCUCGGAACAGAGGCCAUUUGUCUUGGCCGUGUUGGGGAUGAUUUCUGGUGCACCGAUCCAUCUGGUGAUCCAAAUGGCACAUUUUGGCUCCAAGGGUGUCAUAUGGUGCAUUGUGCUUACAAUAGCUUGUGGAUGGGCAACUUCAUACACCCAGACUGGGACAUGUUUCAAUCCACUCAUCCAUGUGCUGCAUUUCAUGCUGCGUCUCGUGCAAUUUCUGGUGGUCCUAUUUAUGUGAGUGACACCGUUGGGAAGCACAACUUUGAUUUGCUUAAGACCUUGGUGUUGCCUGAUGGGUCCAUUUUGCGUUGUGAGUACUAUGCUCUUCCAACCAAGGACUGCCUCUUUGAGGAUCCUCUCCAUGAUGGGAAGACUAUGCUGAAAAUCUGGAACCUCAACAAGUACACUGGAGUUCUUGGGGCAUUCAAUUGCCAAGGAGGUGGAUGGUCUCGUGAAACUAGGCGCAACCAAUGCUUCUCCCAAUAUUCCCAUGUUGUGACCUCUCAAACAAACCCAAAAGACAUUGAGUGGAAGAGUGGCAAGAAUCCAAUCUCCAUUGAAGAAGUACAAGUGUUUGCCAUGUACUACCACCAGGCUAAGAAGUUGGUUCUUUCCAAGCCAUCUGAGAAUGUGGAGUUGUCUUUGGAGCCAUUCAAGUUCGAGCUCAUUACUGUCUCCCCAGUGACUGUCUUUGCUGGAACUUGUAUUCAGUUUGCUCCUAUUGGUUUGGUGAAUAUGCUCAAUACUGGUGGUGCCAUUCAGUCCUUGGCCUUCAAUGAUGAGGGCAAGUCAGUUCAAAUUGGAGUGAAGGGCACCGGAGAAAUGAGGGUGUUUGCAUCAGAGAAGCCAAUUGCUUGCAAGAUUGAUGAUGAAGUUGUACCAUUUGAGUAUGAGGGCUGCAUGGUUGUUAUUCAAGUACCAUGGUCCAAUUCUUCCAACUCAACAGUAGAGUAUUUCUUCUGAAGGGGCUGACUUUUCAUAGCUUCCUUCAGUAUUUAAUUAUUUCAGAUGUAUUUUUUUUUUUUUUUUUGGGGGGGAUUUGAUGACUUCUUUGCUCCCCAAGAUAGGGGAAGAAGUAACUAAAGUGAUUUAAGUGAUAUCAAGUUAAACAGUAUUACUAAUUUGCAGA